AUGGGAGAUUCUAACUUCAACCCAAAAAUCCCAUCUGGCGAGCAAAACCCAGUAUUAAAAAAGGCGGAAUUGGAUUACAUGAAGAUAAUAGAGCAGAAGAAUCGCGAGCGAGUAGCGAAAUUACAGCAAACAGCAAAAAGAAACAGGAUAACUGGGCUUUCUAUUGGCGCAGGAGUGUUCGGUAUUUACUUGUACUCCAUCUUCGCUGUAAAGCAGGAGACUUUCUUAGACGAUUUCGAGGAGCCUGCUAAAAUACAACAAUAA